AUGGCUGCCGAGAGUAGCAUUCCUUUGAUUCCUCUAUCGACAAUGAUCCAUAUGGUAAAUAUCAAACUUACUUCCGCAAAUUAUCUCUUGUGGCAUGCCCAGAUCGAACCCCUUCUCAUCACCCAGGGUUUUCUUCUGCAUCUGGAUGGCUCAUCCCCAUGCCCAUCGCGCGAGAUCACUACACCGGCAGGUACAAAAAGUACGAAUCCCGACUUCGCCACUUGGUAUUUCCGGGAUCAACUGAUCCGGCUAUUUCUUGUUUCCACUCUCACGGAGGAGUCCAUGGCCGUUGUUAUUGUCUGCACCUCGUUCCGUGAUGUCUGGACCUCUCUGACUCGCGCCUGUAGUCAUGCCUCGAAGGCUCGAGAACUCAGCCUGAAGGACGAUCUUCUCUCGGUCAAGCGUGGGGAUCUUUCCGUUUCUGAAUCAAUUUGUUGUGAAUGA